AUGCAAAUCACGAGCUCUUCACAGCCGGCAGAGCGUAGAAAAGCCUCCACACCCUGUUCGUGGCAGCAGGCAGAGCUCUGUCAGAACAGCUCCAUCAGCUCAGCAGCGCUGCUCAGCGCCCUUCUGCUUCAGAGCACGCAGGAACGCCGCUCACACACGUUCGCCGAUGUCAUUCGGCUGACGAUCUCUCCCCCCACCAGCCCCCCGGCUAAGAAAAACCAAGUAAGACGAAUCGAUACCGCGGAAGAAGAAAGAAUAAGAGCGGAGCAGAGCGAGCUGGUCUCGGACACUGACCGCGCCGCGCGCUCCGCCUCGAGCCCGUCUUCCCUUCACCUGAGAGAAGAGGAGAGGAGAGAGGGAGAUGGAGACCCGCUCGGACUCUCCGUGAUUCAUCCUCCUCCUCGUCCCGAUGCCGCCGUCGCAGCCAUGAGUAACCCUCUCCCCAACGCCUCCUCCUCCUCCACCCCCGUCCCGGACGCGCCCGAGGGCAGGAACGCCUCCUCGUCGCCACCCUCCGUCGCCGGCGCCGCGGACGUGCCCGUGCCCGUGAACCCGUGGGACGUGGCGCUGUGCGUGGCUGGCACGCUGGUGUCGUGCGAGAACGCGCUGGUGAUCGCGCUGGUGGCGCACGCGCCGGCGCCGCGCGCCCCCGCCUUCGUGCUGAUCGCGAGCCUGGCGCUCGCCGACCUGCUCGCGGGCCUUGGGCUCGUGCUGAACUUCGCCGUGGCGUACGCGGUGGCCGAGCCGGGCGUGGCCUCGCUGCUGUCGGCGGGUCUGCUCAUCGCCGCCUUCUCGGCGUCCGUGCUCAACGUGCUCGCCAUCACCGUGGACCGCUACCUGUCGCUGUACGGCGCGCUGACGUACCACACGGAGCGCGCCGCCACCUUUACGUACGCAGUGCUGGCGCUGGCGUGGCUCACGAGCGCGCUGCUCGGCGCGCUACCCGCGCUCGGCUGGAACUGCCUGGAGGACGAGGCCACGUGCAGCGUGUGCCGCCCGGUGAACAAGAGCAACGCGGCGGCGCUCGCCGUCUCCUUCCUGCUCGUCUUCGCGCUCAUCCUGCAGCUCUACCUGCAGAUCUGUAAGAUCGCCUUCCGCCACGCACAGCAGAUCGCCGUGCAGCGCCACUUCAUGAGCGCCUCGCACGCCUCGUCCACCACCAAGGGCGUGAGUACGCUCUCGGCCAUCCUGGGCACGUUCGCCCUCUGCUGGGUGCCCUUCGCCAUGUACUCACUGGUGGCCGACACACGCUACCCGGCCGUCUACACGUACGCCACGGCCCUGCCCGCCAUCUGCAGCUCCAUCAUCAACCCCAUUAUCUACGCCUUCCGCAACCCGGAGAUUCAGAGGUCGCUGAGGCUCGCGUGCUGCGGCUGCCUGCCCUACAGCUUCACCUCGAGGCCCAGGACGCCCAGCGACGUGUAGAGAGGCGCACAGACAGUGGCUGUAAACAAAACAACCACCACGUGCAGAGGGAUCCGCAUAUUGUAACCUAUACACGAGUGUUGGGGGUCACGUGUUUUGUCCAGGUGUGGUGAUCUCCUAUCGCGUUAGCGCUGUGCCAGUACGUGUUGAUGUCUUUUGUCACGUCUUUUGACUGUAUUUCACUUCGGUUGAGUUAUUAAGGACUGCCCCCCAAUACCAAGGUGACCAUAUAUAAUGCUUGUAAUAAGUGGGAGGGGGGCAGACAUAAAUGUAGCGUGGACCCUUCCUUUAGGUCAGUUGCCUUUUAGCACUGUGAGAUGCCAAUAAAGGCUUCCCAGGCUGUCACCCAAGCUGAUGGAUGAGAGAGGUUAUGAAUGUUAAACGCGGAUGUUUUCUUCCCAACUCAGGUUGAGACUCGACCAGAUGUUUCAGCACCGCAGACAUCGACACAGCGUCAUUCAGUGAAUGAAUGAUAGAGUACAAUAACGAUAAAAAAGGAGAUCACGUGCUUAUGUACAAAAGUACCUUGUUUCUCACAGCUCUGUCUCCAAAGUUUUCCACUACAGUGCACUCAAUUCAUGUAGCAUGCUGAGGCAUGGUGCUGCCUGUGGCCGCUGGUGGGGAAACGGCUGCAAUACACGUGUUCCUGGCAAACCUUCUCCAGCAGAAUAUCAAUAUUGUAUUACUACGCAGACAGUGUUAUUCACAUCAUAACUGCUUAUGAUGCUUAGUUGGACAUAUUAAAAGUAGAGUAGGUUACUUCCCUCAUCUCUUGACUAUACUCUU